AUGACUGGUGCUGAAGGAGCUAGUACUUCUGAGCCUGUAAAUUUCGUGAAUCCGCCGGCGAGUGAGAGCUCUCAAAUUGGAGAUCUUUCAUUGAAAAGUCCAGAAGAUGCUCAAAGGGAAAAUGAACUUACUGAGGCGCAGUUAAGUCAAAUUGAAGAGGAGGUUGGAAUACUUUAUUGUUACCAUAUUUCUGCCUAGCU